CAUCGUUGUCAAGUCGAGAAUCCUUUUUCAUGCCAUCAUCUUUGCAUUGCCCUGUCAGCGGCAAAAACUUUUUUUUUCGUUUUUAUUAAAGUUUUAGAAUUUUGCGUUCGUUGCCUUUAAUUAUUUAACAGAAAGAAAACAUAAAAAUGUUGCUAAAUGCCAGUGCCAAGUGUCUGAAGAACCAUUAAAUUCGUGUCUCGUUCGCAAGAAAUACAGUGAAUGCACAAUACAGUGAAUACACAUUAAGAUAAAAUUAGUGUGAAAAAAUGGCGUUUUAAUUUGAUACUGGUGCUAAAACGAAUUUCGAAUCAACAUUAUGGAAUGUGAAGAAGAAUUCGGACAAGAUUGGGUCACCGAAUCGGAAACGGAUGAAGCAAACGAAGAAAUGUUCGAAGAAGUUGACGAUGACAUCAUCGAAGAGGAGUACUUGGUGGGCGAGGAGAUUAUACCAACGACGGGAAUUAAUGCAAUUGCCAACAGUCUCGAUCAAAUUGCGGCGGAAAAUUUGAUUUACAUGGCACAGGACGGCAAUGUGGCAGUGAUGGGAGAUUUAAUUGAGGAGCAGGUGGAACAGGCCGACAAUGCGGAUUACAAUGAGCAUCAGUACUUUGAUUGUCAGGAGGUGACCGAGGAAGUCAUUACGGACGAUUGGGUGCAGCAGCAGGGCGAAGAAAGAGUUGAAAUACCAGUCGAUCAAAUUGGACAUACAAAUCAAAUAGAUCAGGACGAUGUGCCAUUACCAACCGAUCCGGACGAAUAUACCACGUCUCGGCCUUAUCCGUGUGAUUUCUGUAGCCGUCGUUUCCGGAAAAAGACAAAUUUAAUGAACCACAUGGUAGCGCAUAAAAACGAUCGGCCGCACAUAUGUAACUUGUGUGGCGCUCGGUACAUACGAAGACACGACUUACUGACCCACUUGAAAGUUCACGCCCAGGUUCCCGAAAGUGAAGUUUUACUGCAGUCAUCACCUCGUAAAGAAGCGAAAGGUCGCAAAGCACCAAAGUCUCCAAAGAAAAGGAAAAUUAAAAUCGAAGAACCGAAGCAAGAAUUCAAUGAAGAUGACGUUCAACUCGUCAUGGAAGUGCAACAACAGCAAGAGGAGCAAGAACAGCGAUACCCAGUCAUUGAUCCAAGUCGUCCAUUUGUGUGCCAAAAAUGUGGCGUUAGCUUUGCCAGAGAAAAGGCUCUACUGUCCCAUUCAAAGAUGCACGGUGGCGACUCGAUAUAUGAGUGUGACAGUUGUAGUGAAAUAUUUUGGGACCUACAAUUGCUGCGUGAACAUCAAAAACUGCAGCAUGCCGGUGCGGAUAGUAAUUCCGAAUAUGAACCGGAAAACGAACGAGACUACUCCGAUUCGGAAACGGAUUCGAAGUACGGCGAUUUCUAUUGCAACGUGUGCGGCAUGUCAUUUCAUCGUCCAGACUUGUUGCGACGGCACACAAAGACGCACAUCAAACAUGACUACGGCGAUGAUGUGCAUACAACAACGCAACAUUGUUGUAACGUUUGCGGUGAAUCGUUCAUCGAAGCUUUAGACCUGUUAGCCCACGCCGAGGUGCAUGCACGGAGUCCGUUCAAAUGCAUGCUUUGCGGCGAAACGUUUCUGGAUGAAAUGACCAUCAAAAAGCACAUUUUGAAUGUGCAUGACAGCGAGAUCAACGAAAAUACUUGCAAAUUAUGUGGUAAAAAGUGUCGGGACAACAAGUCACUGAUGAAACACUCGUGGGAACAUUCCACCGAGAAAAAUCAUUCCUGUUCGAUGUGCGGCAAAACGUUUCACAACAAAGCACGACUCAAACGCCACAUGCAAUCUCAUCGCAAUAAAUCGGUCACAUGCGACAAAUGCGGAGACGAUUUUCCCGACGGCCGGUCGCUGAUGAAUCAUCGCCACUCGCAUACAAAUGUAUCGGGACGUCAAUUUCCGUGCAAAGAAUGUGGCAAAACGUUCGGAUCGAGGAGUUCGCAACAGAUUCACACUCGUAUUCAUACCGGCGAACGUCCAUAUGGCUGCCGAUUUUGCUGGAAAGCAUUCGCAGAUGGAGGUACACUGCGCAAACACGAGCGCAUACAUACCGGCGAAAAGCCGUACGCUUGCCCCGUAUGUCCAAGAGCCUUCAAUCAGCGCGUCGUUUUGAGAGAACACAUUCGAUCGCAUCAUUCUGGUCCAGACACCAAAAACGGUAGCACAAUGACUCCGUUCUACUGCACCGUAUGCACUGAUUUGUUUGCGACGUCGAGUGAAUUGAUCCAACAUCUGAUUGAACAUUCGGACAUGAAUACCGCAAUGAAACGACAGCCACCGACUGGCCCGAGAAAGUACAAGCGUAGACGCAAACUGAAACCCCAUGAAUUGGAGCGUUUGCGCAACGAACACAUUAAGUCCGACUACUCGGACGAUGAGACUAUGAAUCAGUCGACCACUUACGAAGACGGGUAUGAAAACGAGUACGGUAUGGUGGACAUCAUGAAAACGCAACAAAUAAAACGCGAACCAAUCAAACGGGAACCAAUCAAAAUCAAAUCUCCAUCAAUGCGAGACACUAAAAUGUCGUCAUUCAACGACAAUUUCAUCAAUCCAUUCAACAGCAUUGACAAUGAUUUGCAAUCAAUCGAUUCGUUAGUAGUGCCCAGCUGCAGUAGCAGCAGCAUCAGUAGCAAGCCAGUAAAGAAUAGUAAACCAAAUGUUCGAAAACGGUCAUCGAAGCCCGACCAACAGUCGCAGCACACAUCUAGACCAAAAAUGAUCCAUACGCAAAAGAUGCGAGUGCCAGUCGAGGAUGGAAAACGGAAAACGAGAACGCUGAUCACACGUACGUCGGCCAAAGAUGUACAUGAAACGACUCCGACGCGGAUAUCGAAACGUAACGAAAAGAAGCAGAAGAAUUCCAAUCAUUACGUGAAAGAUGACAUGGAUUUGCUGCUGGAAUCGUCACGCAAACAUCUGAAAUUCCCCGAGGUCGUCAACGAUCUGGAGGAAAUUUUCCGUUCACCCAUCAAGUCCCGGGAAUCAAAUGACGAAUAUAUUACGUCCGAUGUUCAACCACCGACGAUAUCAAAACGAACGUCUAAACGCAAUUCCGUGCCAACCAGUCGGUAUGGCGUGGAAAAGCAUUCGUCGACCGGCGAUAAACUAAGCAAAUCAAUCGAAUCGUCGCUCGGUGAUCCGUUAAAUAUAAAAAUUGAAGCGGAAGCUUCGUUUAGCAGUGAUGAUGUGUUUACGUGUGAAAUGUGUUCGGCAGUGUUUCGUGAUCGAGCCCAGUUAUUGGUCCAUGUUCCUGUGCACAUCUAAAACGUCCCAUCAUUCGCUAGUCGAUUUAUCGGUGGAUUGUGUGUCGUUGAACAACAAUGUAACGCUGUUGAUAAUAAGUAAUAAAAUAAAAACAAAUUUCUUUGAAUUAAUUU